AUGGACCAGCCUCCCUCCGUGACCAACGCGCACGCCAACGCCCUCGCCGCCGCGCAGAUAGCGUAUUUCCCGCCCCCGCCUCCGCCCUUCCCCGGCCUCGGCCUCCCACCGGCGCCAGCGCACUGGUCGCUGCCCGCCGCCGCCGCUGGCCACGGGGCCCUGCCAGCUGCAGACACCCAGCUUGCCGACGUCGUGCGCCAGUUUCUUGCUGUACAGACCGCGCUCCUCGAAAAGUUGAUUCCCCAGCCGGCGGUUGCACCCCUCCCGUCAGCCAACGCAACCGAGCUUCUGAACCAGGUCCGCGGCGCACAGCCCACGCGACGGGCUUACUUCCCGCCUCCACCGGCCGGUCUCGGCGUAGCCCCGGCCUCCGCGACGGCGCCCUUCCAAUCUCCCAGCACCAACACCGCACCCGCACCGGCCGCAGCGGCUGGCUCCGGUCCGGUGCUCACAGACGCCAUCGACCUCCUGCACCAAAUCCGCGCCGCCCAAGACCGCCGCGCGGGCGCCCACGCCGCCGAGCUCACGGCCGUGCGCCGGCUGGUCCUCCAGCUUCGCGCGCGGCUCACGGCCGUCGAGAAGGAGCGCGACACCGAGCGCGCGGCCCGGGCGGACCUGAUGCGGGCGCUGCAGGCCGCGGCGGGGAACGGCUUGAAUGGGUGCGACAACGACUCGGAGUCCGCGUGCAGCGAUGAUGCGGUCAAGGUGGACCUGGCGGAGGAAGCAGGCACCGGCUCAAAGCUGUAG